AUGGCGGACGGAAAGGCGUUGGAGAUGCUGUCUCAACUUCGCCGUAACUUGCGAGACAUUUUGAUGCAACGGCGGGCAGUUGAUGAAGGUCGUGCCAAAAGUGCUCAGGCUAAACUCACGGCGUUGACUGAAGAAUGCACAUUGCACCUCGUGCUUGGCGUCAAGCCGGGGUGCGUGCUUCCGGCGCAGCCAAAGAAAGUAUAUGUUGAGUGCAUUGCACCCGUCCGUGUAGGAUGUUUUGGUAUCGUCUGA